GCCCUUCUUUUUUGCGGGGCGGGACUUGCUGCAGAACUGCUUCCAGGUUCUCGAGUGACCUUGAGCCCCCGGACUCGAGAUGGCGGUUCUCUUAAAGCUGGGUGUCCUCUGCAGUGGCCAGGGAGGCCGAGCUCUGUUGCUCCGAAACCCGGUGGUCAAACCUGCUUGUGUCUCAGCGUUUCUCCAGGACCAGCGUACCUCAGGAUGGCAUGGCACACAGCACGUUCACCUGUCACCACGCCACCAUUCUGGUUCCAAGGCUGCCUCUCUCCACUGGACUAGCGAGAGGGUUGUCAGUGUUCUGCUCCUGGGCCUGCUCCCGGCUGGGUACUUGAGCCCCUGCUCUGUGGUAGACUACUCCCUGGCUGCAGCCCUCACCCUGCACAGCCACUGGGGCCUUGGACAAGUGGUGACUGACUAUGUUCAUGGGGAUGCAUCUCAGAAGGCUGUCAAGGCAGGCCUCUUGGCAGUCUCAGCUUUGACCUUUGCUGGGCUUUGCUAUUUCAACUACCACGAUGUGGGCAUCUGCAGAGCGGUUGCCAUGCUGUGGAAGCUCUGACCUCUCCUGGACAGCACCUUAGAUUGUAUGCCUCUUCGCCUCUGCUCUGUCAAUGCCAUUCAGCUCCCAAUGAGGAGGGAUGAAGGAGAAGACCAUUGGUGGGCAGAAUUUCUUCUAAUUACAAUGGUUAUUUUCAGAACUCAUUUGCUGAGAAAAAGGUUUGGGAGGAGUUAGGUUCAACUAGCCAUGAGUCUGGUUCCAUGUACCCCUGAGUUGGUGGUUGCCUGCUCACAAGACUCAGCGGUGUAAUUGUGCAUUUUGUGAGCUCAUGUUGCCUUUGACUACCGUUUCUUGAGGAGAGUUCAGCUUAUUUCUGUUGGGAUAAGGGAGGGAGGACUGUUCAUUCAUGUGCCUAGACUUUGCAUGAAAUUGGGAAAUACUCCACUGUUGAGUUGAUGCCAGCUGUUGAUGGCUCUGCCUCUAGGGAACUCAGAUCAGCAGAUGCUGAGAUCUCAAAUUAUUGAUGAUGUUUUUUGAGUCUUAAGAAGGAACUCGAGGAAAGCUGAGUUUAGAGAAGUUAAAUUUAGGGAGUUCUCCUUUGUAGGUGAGUAAAAUAUGUCAGAUUCCAAACAGGCUUACCCUUCAGGUUAGCGUCACUUAUGCAGAAAUAAGCUGUCCACAGAUAAAAGACUGAGGGGUUUCCCUCUGCGGGAAUUGCUAAUGAAAACUAGACUCUGUAAAAGCAAAAUUUUUAAAUAAAAUACUAUAUAAUGAAUAUACAGUGUACUUUUUUCUAUGCUAGUAUUCCCUAAUAUUUGGUUUUAGGUUAGCUGUUUGUUUGAGAUAAAGUCAUAGAGGCUUAAGCUGAUCUGGAACUCUUAUGGAUAGACGAGGCCAGCCCAGAAUUUGCUAGGAAACCAGGGUGACUUCAAACUUAUGGCAGUCUCUGCCUCCCGAAUGCUUGAAUUAUAGGGGUUCAGUGCUACAGUUAUAGUUGUGAACCACAAAACUCACUUAUUUUGUUUUAAUUGAGAUGGUGUCUUAGUUUGCCCAGGCUAGCAUCAAAAUCAGGUCUCAAUCUGUCUAAUCUGAGCUGUAUACUACAGGAUACUGUAUACUGGCUCUAACUGUAGCCAUUGAUGCUGUGUUGUGUCCCAGCACUGGGAAGCAGACCUGGGCCUACAGAGCGAGUUCCAGAAUGGCCAGGGCUCUUACACAGGGAAACCCUGUCUUGAAAAAAAAAACAAAUGAAAACAAAACAAAACAAACAACUCUGUUAUGCAUUAGUGGUGGCCACACCUUUAGUCACAUCAUUCAGAAGGCAGAGGCAGGUGGAUCUCUCAGUUUGAAGCCAACUUGGUCUGCAGAGCUAGUUCCAGGACAGCCAGGGCUACAUGAAGAAACCCUGUCUC